AUGGCUGGGAUCCAUUACGCAGAAGUGAAAGAAAUGAAGGAGAAAGCUGAAAAUGAAGCCUUUAUUUUUUCUUUGCCUGUUUCUUGGAGGAAGUUUGUGUUUAGGCAAACACACGAGGAGAAUUGGAGUGUAACACACUUUAAUGUCCGAAAGUUUACGGCCAUACUUCAUGGUUAUAAAAGAGUAAAAGACGAUCUGGAGAUAGCAAUAAGCAAGAGAACAGAUCAUCAGUUUCAAUAUGUGGCUGAUCUCGAUGACUUCGAUUUUGAUGAGUAUGUUGAAAAGUUAGGUAAAGCAGACUGUCCAACUGGACUUCGAACAGAUGAAUUAUAUUGGCAUUUAUUAACUCUUUUGGAAAAAUGUUUGGAAGAGAAGAAACUGCUGAUACGUAAAAGUGAAGAACAUGCAUCAAUUAAUGGAAAACCACCGACAGUGGCUCUAAGUUAUUGGCUGACAUUGCCUCAGGAUGUUAGACACGUGAUUGCUUCUGAAGACCCUUCAAAGAUCAUAGAAGUUUUGGUGGAAAAGUUUCAUCAACUGAAAAUGGAACAAAUAAGUAUUUUAAAAGAAAAGGGUAGUCCCAAGAAGGUAGCACCGAACAUUAAUCAAAUUGAUGAGAAAGAAUACAAAAGAAUGAAAGAAGAAAACAAGAAGUUGAAGUUGAAAAAUGUUGAAAUUCAAGAGGACCGUGCUGCCAAAAUUGAGAACAUUCACUACUUUACUGAGAGGUUGAAGGAGAAAGAAAGAGAAGUGAAAGAACUUCAAAAAUUGAACACUGAUUACCGAAAUCAAUUGUACACGAAAAACGUCUUGUCACUUCAACAACAACUUGCCCAUUCAAAAAGGAUUAUUGAUGAUUUACAAGCUCAAAAGGAAGCCUUACUCAAGGAGAAGGAGCGAUUAUUGACAAGACUCAGUGAAGUAGCCGGGUCAAAAUUAACAACAAACAACCCGGCAAUAACCGAUCUUAGUGAUGAAAACAGACCUAUAAAAUUGGCAGAAAAAUUUGGACAGGUAUAUGACGAUGAUUGGACGGAUUCACUAGAAGAAAUUUUGCAUAUUGGCUUGGAUGAGGUCACAUCGAUUGCCUUUUUACUCCGUAUCACUAUGAGUGCAUUUCAUCUGUGCCAGAAAUCUAAUUCUUUGUUUAUCAAUUUACGAGAUUGCAAGAAUUUAUUAUGGUGUGAUGAAAAUACAAAAAUGGAGUCUCUACAAAAGAUCGAAUUAGCAGAGGAAGAAAAAAUAGCUUUAGAAAAUGUCACCCAGCGCCUAAAACAUUCUAGAGAGACUGCUUUCAUCGCGGCAUCAAAGGAGAAAUUCUUAGGUGUUGUGAAAGGGAUGUUAUUCAACAUUUCAAAGAAAAGAAAUUGUGGUCAGGCAUCCAAGAAAGAAUUUGAAAUGUUUAAACAACAAGAUGAGAUGGAAGAAGGAAAAAGCAAAGAUGAAGACAACAGCGAAGGUGUAGAUAGUAAGGAUCAGAUUCACAGUGAUUCUGAACCCAUUUCAGCCAUUAGAAAAACAAAGGUGUUAUCCAAAGAUGUCAUUCCCUUAAAAAUUCGAAAAAUGGAUGAACAUAGGCUUGUGGAAUCGGCAAGAGGUGAUUUUUCUAUGCCUAGCCAUCAGAAGUAUGUUAAAGAAGGUUUUUUACUGGACAAAGAAGAUGUUGAAAAACUGUUUUCGACACCGAUGGAUUUUGAAUUAAUAUCAGAUCAAAUGCUGACAGGGUUUUCUAAGACAUUACAAUUUGCUGAGCAUUGUUUGGAGCUAUGUUGGCUGAUGCAAUCUGUCCAACCACCUGUUCACUUGGACGCAGAUAUUCCAGAAAACAGACGGCUUAAAACAGAUAUAUUUAAGGAAUACACUAAGAAAGGAAAUAAAAUAGAGUAUAUAGUUUGGCCAGCAAUGUAUUUGCACAAAAAUGGGCCGUUACUUUCAAAAGGAGUAGCGCAACCAAAUUGAUUAUUUUAACAUUACGCGACGGCCUCU